UUUUUUUCUUCAACUUCAGAGUAAUGCAAGGGAAGAACUUCAAAUUCCUCACCAUAUUACAAUGGUUCAGUAACUUCUGAAUAAAUUGUGAUGUGUUCCUGAUAGCUGAAGUGAAAUCCGUGCAGUGAAGACUAUUAGAGUAAUCCAGUCAGUGAAAAUGAUCAUCAGAUUCUUCUUAUAAAAACACUUAAAUAUUUCUGAGUGAUUUUAUUUCAUUAUACUACAGUAAUUUCACUUAGUUUGGAGUCUAAUAAGAAAAUUUUUUAAUUAAUUUGUUUGUAUAGAUGAUAAUGUGUCAGAAAUUUAAAUAGUGUGAAAUCUUCUGUAGUUUAUAAAGUGAUUUUUUAUAUUUAAGGAAACCCAUAUGAUGGAAUAUUGUUUAGUGUAUUAAUUGUUAUUUCCAAGGAACUGAAUUAUACAAGACCACAGCUUUAUACCAAUGAAAUUUUUGUUAUAUUCUUGUAAAAUACUUUGGAUUUUUUAUUGGGGAAAAUGUAGAAACCUAUGAACUUGUGCAAUUAACAAAAAGUUGAAUUAGUUUUCAUAAAUUUCUUCUAGGUGAGUUGCAUUCCCCAAAACAAUGAAUUGCGAGCAUAUUUACAGUUUUGUAUGAUUAAAAGGUAUUUAAAGGUAAAAAUAUUUAAGGACAAAGGCUAAAAUGGAUUCUGAGGUCUAUCCUGAACUUCUUGUAAAGGUAGAAAUUGCAGAUCCAUCUCCAGGUGAACAUGAAAGUAAAGAUUUGGAUGGUUACCUUAGUACAGCCACAAAUGAUACCCCUGUGUUUUUGGAUUCAUACAGGGGAAUCAAGACCGAACCAGAAGUAUUUGAAGGUGAUGGAAAUGACGUUCAGUAUUCAUUCAAAAGUGAUUCACCAGAGAAUGAGGAAGACCAGGAAAGCUGUGAUGAAGACUGUGGAAGUGAAGGAAAUGUAAAAUCACGGACAGUUACCAAGCAUGGUUACAGUCAACUUUUCAAACUGAGUGAAAGUCAGUUUUAUCAGAGAGACUGCCUUGAAAGUCAACAGCAAACUCACAAAGAAAAAGAGGCUUUGUCAUCCACACUAUAUGAAAAAAGGUUUUCAACAAAAGAUGGUUUGAGGAAGGAGGGGUCUGCCCACACUAAGAAGAAGCCAUUAAUGUGUAGUGAUUGUGGAAAACCAUAUUUUCAGAGAAGUGAACUCAAAGCUCACAUGAGAAUUCAUACAGGUGAAAAACCAUUCACUUGUACGGAAUGUGGAAAGUCAUUUUUAAGAAAAAGCCAUCUUGUACGUCACAUGAAUAUUCACACCCGAGAGAAAUCGUUAAAUUGCAACAUAUGUGGAAAUGCAUUUUCACUGAAAAGCGAACUCAAAUCCCACAUGCGAAUUCACACAGGAGAAAAGCCUUUCAUUUGCACUGAGUGUGGGGAAGCAUUUAUGUGGAAAAGUCGUCUUAUACCUCACAUGAGAAUACAUACCGGGGAGAAGCCGUUCACUUGCAAUGAAUGUGGAAAAGCAUUUUUGAGAAAAAGCCACCACAAUGCUCACAUAAAAAUUCAUACUGGAGAAAAGCCAUUCAUGUGUGAUGACUGUGGAAAAGCAUUUUAUCGGAAAAGUCACCUAAUGUUGCAUAAGAAAUCACACAGAAGAAAAGUUUCACAUUAUAUAAUUUGGAAAGAAUGUUUCCAAAUAUGUAGUUGUAGAUCUCAGUAAUAUUAAAUAAGAACCAUAUACUUGCACAGAGUUUGAUAAAGGGUUUUAUAGAAAAUAAUUCUAGAAAUAGUCUUAAUAAGCAAAUGAAAUUUAUGCAGUUGAGAAUUUUGUUACAAGUAAUCAGGAAUUGUACACUAAAAUUCACAAAAUAAUAACCAUAUUUAAGUAGUUAUUGUUGAAGAAUAUUUCCAUUAGGUUGCAUAUCAAAGGCAUUGGGAAAUCCUAAGGGACUGAAACAAAAGAAGCUAGUCAUUUUCAAUGAAUAAUAGAAACUGUUAUUUUGUAUGCACCUUAUUCUGCCAGUAGACAGAUAGACAGGCCUAGACCCUCAGAAAUAAAAGUAGCUAGGUACUUUGUGAGUACCAAAAAUGACUAUUCUAGUAUGGAUGGGUUACCCUGGUAGUGGGAGUCACUGCCUUGCUACUGCACUAAGUGUCAUUCUUAUUGGUAUCUCAUUGAGUACAUGUUCUUGUAUUUGUAGAUCAUCUACUUUUUGUACAUUUACUUGCUUGUUACUCAUUGUUAUAUGGACUGACUGACAAGGUUUUCCCUCAGUGUGUCACCUCGGAAUAAGUGAUUGGCAGAUGUCUCCUCUUUUGUAUUCUAAACUACUGACAUGCCUGAUGUAUCAUCACACCUUGAGAGUUCCAGCAGAAUUUAAAACAGACAUUAUUGUCAAUGGAUGUCAUCUAGUAUCUCAAAAUCUCUUCUGUAUUAAAUGUUGUUUAUCAGUCAUCAAAUUCGUUGUGCUCAAUAGCUUUUCUCAUAGUCACUGACCAGCCUCAUCAUUUUCUUUGAAGAACUAAAUAAAUUUUAUCUCUCAGCUAUAAAGGGGUAAAGGACAACUUUGUUUAUUUUGCAACAAGAUUCAUUUUGUUUCAUGGGAUCCAUUCAUUGAUUGUUUUGAAAAAUGAUGGUCUAUCAUAGCCCUCUCCUUGUUGGUUCUGGUUUUUUAUUUCCUGUCUUAUGAUUGCCUAUAGUAUAUUUAUGACCCUUAAUUGGAAUUGAGCAAACUCCAUUGCCCCCUACUUGAUGUCCCCUUUUGUUUUUCUUUAAGCCUUAGUGGUCGGAUAGCUUCUCUGGAGUAGUAAUAACAGGUGUGGGGUGGUAGACAGAUUGAUCCUGUAGUGAAGCAAUAUUAAUCCUUAAACGCCGAAGCGGUAAAAUAAAAAUUGUCUCCCAUGUGCCGGAGGUGUUUCGGAGUGAGCGCGGAAGCGGAAAAAAUAUUUUUUUCAAAAAAUCACAGAGCGCUUAGUUUUCAAGAUUAAGAGUUCAUUUUUGGCUCCUUUUUUUUGUCAUUGGCUGAAGUUUAGUAUGCAACCAUCAGAAAUUUAAAAAAUUAUCAUUAUCAUAUAUAAAUAAUGCGAUAUAUGAUAGCGCAAAACGAAAUUUCAUAUAUAAUUGUAUUCAAAUCGCGCUGUGCGCAAAACGGUUAAAGGUAAAAAGUUACUUUUUUUUCGUUGUAAUUUACACUAAAUUGCGAUCAUUUUGGUAUAUAACACAUUGAAAAACAAUAAAAGCAACACAGAGAAAAUAUUAUCACAAAAUAAUGCAUGAAUUCGUAACGCGAGGAUGUAAACAAAUAUUUUUUUUAAAAAUUCACCAUAAAUCUACAUAAUGUCCUAGAGACUUCCAAUUUCUUUCAAAAUGAAGACAAAUGAUUGAAUAUUACUAUACUGUAAGGGUAUUAGCUUACAAUUGCAGUUUUCGACCAUAUUUUUUUAUAUAUUUUUUUUAUAUGCAAUUAUUUUGGAAAUUAGAAAAGCUACAACCUUCAAAUAUUUAUAGUUUUAUUCUACAUGAAAUUGCACACAUUUUCAUAUAUAAAACUCUACGAAAUGUCUAAUAUGAAACUGAGCAAAUAUUCCGAGAAUGGGACGUACGCAUUUCGGAGAUUUGUGGCGGAGAAUCCGCGCGCGGAGGGAAGGAAAGAUUUUUUUUUAAAUUCACCAUAAAUCUAAAUAUUGUGCUAGAGACUUCGAAUUUGUUUCAAGAUGAAGAUAAAUGACUGAAUAUUACUAGACUGUAAGAGUUUUAGCUUACAAUUGCGUUUUUCGACCAUUUCUGUAGAGUCAAAGUUGACUGAACGUGGUUUUUUUUUCUAUUUAUUGUGAUUUAUAUGCAAAUAUUUCAAAAAUGAGAAAAGCUACAACCUUCAGUUAUUUAUUGUUGUAUUCUACAUAAAAUUGCGCACAUUUUCAUAUAUAAAACAUUAUGUAACGGCUAAUUUAAAAUGGUGCAAACAUUACCACAAUCGCACGUAUGAUUUUUUUCGGAAGAGUUACCGCGCGGACGUAAAGAAAAUGUUAUUUUUUUCAUAAAUUCACCUUAAAUUGAAAUAUUGUGCUAGAGACUUCCAAUUUGUUGCAAAAUUAAGGUAAAUGAUUGAAUAUUACUAGAAUAUAAGCGUUUUAGCUUACAAUUGCGUUUUUCAACCAUUUCGGUAGAGUCAAAGUUGACCGAAAGUUGAAAAUUUGUCACAUCAUUUUUUAUAUGAAAAUAUUUAAAAAUUGAUAGAAGCUAUAACCAUGGGUUAUUUUUAGUUGUAUUGUGCAUGAAAUUGCGCACAUUUCCAUAUAUAAAACUUUAUGUAACGGCUAAUUUUAAAAUGGUGCAAACAUUACCACAAUCGCAUGUAUGAUUUUUUUCGGAAGAGUUACCGCGCGGACUUAAGGAAAAAGUUUUUUUCAUAAAUUCGCCAUAAAUUGAAACAUUGUGCUAGAGACUUCCAAUUAGUUGCAAAAUUAAGGUGAAUGAUUGAAUAUUACUAAAAUAUAAGAGUUUUAGCUUACAAUUGCGUUUUUUUACCAUUUCGGUGAGUCAAAGUUGACCGAAGGUUGAAAUUUUGGCACUUAUCGUGAUUUAUAUGAAAAUAUCUCAAAACUGAUAAAAGCUACAAUCAUGAGUAUUUUUUUGUUGUAUUCUACAUAAAAAUGCACACAUUUCAUAUAUAAUACUCCAUGUAACGGCUAAUUUAAAAUGGUACAAAAAUUAUGUCAAAGUGACGAAAUAAUUUCAGAGAUGUGUCACAGAUACUUUUUAGUGCGGCAAGAAAGAAAUUCACGCUUGCGCGCCUGCAUAACGAUUGUAAACAAAACAACACCUUGAUCCGUGAACUCCCAGCAUCCCCCAAGGCGCGUGAUUCAAGAGUUUUCGGCUGGUAGGCCUAAAAGUAUUUUUCCGCAAAUUUUUAAAAAACUUUUGCAUGUCGACGUAAAAUACGUCCAGUUGACACCCGAGAGACAAAAAAUGUCGAUGUAAAAUACAUCGUCAGCGUUUAAGGGUUAAGUGCCAUCAAUUUGGAAAGAAUCGGGCGGGAAAGAGGUGCCAAUGCUUCUAUAGCCCAUAAAUUUACUAAUGGCAACUUUUACAUUGGCUAAAAUCACGAAUCUGGCAUCUCAGGACUUCAGUUCUGUUUCUGACUUGUAGGGAGAAUGUACUGCAUCUCUGUCUCACAUGAUGCCUUUUUGUAAAUUUGCUCAUGAAUAUACCUAGGGGUUACUGUUGGGUUUUGUUCUUGUCUUUUAUGAUAGUAUGUCGGUUGUAAAAGUAAUUUGCAAAGAAAAGUCCAAAGAAAUAUUACAAAAAAACAUGUAAAAAUAAGAAAAUUACUGAAUCUUCUUUCUCGUUAAAUUUACGUAAAUAUUUUUCGACAAAUAUGCUAAGAAUUUGUUACUGAUUUUGUUUCUUAUCUGUUUUGAUAUUGUGUGGGCUGUAAUUAUAAUUUUACAAAAUAGAAUAAAAUUAUUUAUGAGAAAAAACAUACAUAAGUUGGUAAAAUUUACAGUUGUCUUGUAAAAGGGGUUGAAAUGUAGUCAUUUUCAACUUCUCAUGGAAGGUGGGAAAAAUUUGUUAGAAUUAUUUUCCUUUGCAUAUCUUCCUCUUUUCAUUGCUGUGUUUUUUUCCGUAAAUUGGCCAACCUCUAAGUUUACCCAGCCUGAGGAGGUGCAUAUUGAUAUUUUUUUACCCUUCCACUAAGGGUUCACAACAGGUAACUAAGACAAGUCUAAAGCAGAUGUGAUGAUGUUUCAUCCCUUUGUUUCCAAGAAGGGUGUGACAUUGUGGUGGAAUGUACUUACACGCAAAAUGAUGCUGUUUUAAUUUUAUUUGUCUACCUUGGGAAAGUUUCCCACAGGAUUUAUCUCUUAGUUACAUGUAAUUAGUCAUUGAGGAAAACCAUACUUUAGUAGAUAUCCGUUUUGUUUAUGCAUAACUCCAUAGUAGAAGGGGUACUCAGUACUGGACUUGAGCAUGCCAGCCCACCUAUACUUACCUUGAUGCCUUAAUACGAGAAUGUGGUGGUGGCUAGGCAUGUAGCCUUGAUUACUCGCACUUCAUCUUCACUCGCUGUCGGAUUCAGAAAAUUCACACACCAGCCGAAGCAUGAGAUGUGCAUUGAAUCCUCCAUAUAUGGACGUGUAGGCUGAUGUACUUAUGAAAAAAGAAAAAAUAACUCUAAAAAUUUUCUAUAUCAUGGUUAUAUUUUAUGUUCAUGCUUUUAAGUCAAGUUUUUUUUACACUUCCUAACCCUAUGCAUUACAUGACACAUUCAGUAAGAGCUAGUAAUUUGGCCAUCGUAUUUGUGGGCUGGGUCAGUUACCUACACCAAAAACAAAAAGAACGCUACAACAAAUUUCAAAAUCUAAAGCUGCAGUUGAAUGGAAACUAAUAGCUAUGUAAUUACUUGGUAAGUGUACAGAAAAUUUUAUUAUAAAAAUGUCAUUUUUACAUUUCCCCUAAUAGUCUUCUGUUACCAAUUGCAAAGCUCUAUCUUUCAUAUUGCUAAAGUUAUUCAAGCUUAGGGUCCAGAGAAGAGCAAGUGUAAAGUGUGCAAUUACAAUAUAAUUUCACAUGGUGAGUUGAUCAAUAAUUAUUCUUAGUAUGUUCAAUGAGUUUCCACAAAAGGACCAUCCUGCUACAAUGGAAUUAUUUGCUUACUGUAUAGGGACCAUUAAUCUCUGGUUUAGAAAUUGUUGCUUUUAAAUUUCAGUCCAUUUCCCCACCUGUUGGUAUAGUAAGCACAUUAAAAAUUUAAGUUUUGUUUUGGAAAAUAAUAUAGUAAUACCAGGAAAUAAUAAAUUUUUAGAAUAUAUAUCCAUUGAAAUUUCUACAGAAUAUUGGCAAGAGAAGGCAUGUUUCUGUAGGUAUACAAGCCAUUUCCUUUACACUAAAUAGACUAUCCAGAAAUGAGGGAUUUUAUGCAUAAGUAUAAUGCUGUGAUUAUCGGUUACAGUGAGUUCUUACUCUAAGUAGCAAUUUCUUUAUCCACUGUUUAACAUUAGUUUUGUUUUUGGUGUAGAGCAAAUAUCAAUUUUUGUUGUGAUUUACUACCUGUCAAUAACUUUUCUUUGUGUAUACAAUGUAGAUCUUUGCAUUUAGCCAAUUGUAUCUUGCCAUGUACGCUCGGCAAGGAAAGUUAAGAUACAGUUUUUUUAAAUCUUCGGACAUAUAUUGUUCAAUAAUGCCACACCUGGCAACUCUUGAAAGGGGACGGAGCUUCAAAAUCAUAGCGUUUGUUGCUUUCUAGAUUCCAUCAACUUUACACCAUAAAGAUUCUGUUGAGGUCCUAUUAUCAUUUAUACUUGAAUGUAGAAACAGGGCUCUAUGUUAUUCGUUAAUGUUGGUGUGGUAACGUCAGUUCAGGGUAGAAUAUCGAUCAUCCUUUUUUAAAACCUAUUGUGAAACCUUACUUAUAAGUAAUGUUUGACACUAAACUGGCGUAACAUUUAUACGUAAUUAAAGACGAACUUAAACAAUGAGAGAAAGUUUUUUAAAAUUUGGGCAGUGCUUGUAGAAAUUGUGAGGAACAAUACGGUAAAGAAUUAAAUAUUAUGAAGAUAGAGAGAGCGCGCAAGCAUAGGCCUAUCGAUAGAGACACUUAAUUCAUUAUAUUUACUUUGAGAGAUUAAGUGAUAAUAUUUGUUCAAAUGUUUCAAAAGUAGAGAGAGAGAGCAUAGGCCUAUCUAUAGAGAUACUUAAUUCAUUAUAUUUACUUUGAGAGAUUGAGUGAUAAUAUUUUUUCAAAUGUGUUUUAAAAGUGGGAGAGAGAGAGAGAGAGAGCAAAAUCUGCUCAUGUGAAAGCUUAGGCCUAUUUAUAACUACUUAAUUUCAUUAUAUUUUCUUUGGGAGAUUGAGUGGUAAUAUAUAUAUAUAUAUUUUUAAAGUAUGUUUUAGAAGUGGAGAGAGAGAGAGAGAGAGAGAGAGAGAGAGAGAGAGAGAGAGAGAGAGAGAGAGAGAGAGAAUUAUAGUACAGGUGACGGACUUGUAACGGGCGAAAGGCAGAAGAAAACAUAAUUAAUUAAAGAUCUCUGUCGAUAGACCUAUGCUUGCGCGAUAUGAUAUGACUGCCAAGAUCAUGCUGCACUAUGCUAGAUAAAAUUUGAAGGAUCAUAAUAUCCAAGUUAAUUCUCUUAAGAAAUUCAUACCCUAAUCUUGAUUACAUUCGACAGUUGCCGUAGCAUUCAGAGAUUGUAAAAAGACGGAAAAUUUUAGACACGGUACGGUCAUUCUUGCUCUCUUGAUAUAGUCUUUACUUUUGAGAAUCGGGUUUCAUCCACAAAUCAUUCACAAAAAUCUUAAGUAAAAAUAUUUAUUACCAGAAAUAACUCAAUAUGUAUUGCACAGGCAAUUAAAGUUUUAUAUCAUGGGAGAUCUUUCAGCCUCGCGGCAAAGAAAUGCAGUCGUGUAGGGCUGUAGGCUACUACGAACUGCUUUGUAAUGGAAGCAUAUAGCCAGAAAAUCUUUGAGCUGACAUGCUACUUUAACCUUGAUUAAGAUUUAUGUUUCAACGUCAAAGUAAUCAAAGUGUGAAAUCCGUUACGUCAGCCAGUAUCCAGUGACUUGCGCUUUCCCGCUGGGAGUUCUAUUGCUCCUUCUCACAUCAUAGAAAACGCUCUUGCGGAUGCGACUAGAUUUGUUCAAGCUACCUUAGCCUUCGCAAAAUUGAGUGCCAUUGACAUCAGCUAACUUUAAUCGCUUUGGAAUACACACAUAAGUUUGUAGAAACUAAAAUAAUUGCAUUCACCACUUACGAUGAUGCAAUAUACCCCCGUUCAUGAAGCAAAAUGAGUAAAUAUUGUCGUCAUGAUACAUAGUACUAAAAUCAGAAAUUCGCAUUCUAUCUACCAGAUCUCUAUGAACGAAUCCAUCUGAGAAAUUCCAAUUACUUCGGUCAUAUAUCGUGUUUUUAAGUAUCUGAACGGUUUUGUUUUGCAGUUUUAACUUAUAUAAUAUAAUUUGCAGUAUAUUUUCAUAUUCUUGAGUAAAUUUAGCGAUAUGUCUUUUCAGUAAAAACAAAUGGGAAAUUGGAUGAACGAAAGCUAAUGAAAACUGUAUCUUCAGUUUUCUUGUCGAGUGUACAUUAACUUAAAUAUGCUAGUACAAAUAUGUUUUGCUUUUUGUUGCUAAUAAGCUGUUUACAAUUGAAAAUGGGUCAAAGUACAAGUCCUGUACAUAUGUAUUAGGAAGGGACCUUGCAAAAGGCUCACAUUUUAAUCUGGAUAUUGAUAUUCAUGAUAGUCUUACAUUUUGCUGGAGAUUAAUUGUGUUUUAAAAGAAUCAUGUCAUAUGUACAAGUACAUACAUAUUAGCUGGGAAGUAACACAAAUGGAUUGUAUACCGAAGUCCUAGGGUGAACAAGGAGACACAAAAAUUUUAAGAAUAUGUAAAGGCAUCAAUCUUGCUUUUAAUCAUUGCUAAAACUCAGAUUAUGAUUUUGGUGGUCUCACUAUGGUAUGGCUAUUAGCAGGGAAGAUCAAGUAGCAACUUGGAGAUGAGAAAGUCUCUCUCUAUGCCAGACUUUGCAUUGUGGCUAACUUACAAUUUGCCCCAACCUAAGCUGUGUCUGGUACCAACAUAAGAGUGAAAUUUACAUCCCAGACAGGCCAUUGUUAAUCUAUUGGUCAUGAUGUCUAAUCAAGCAAGUGUUUUAUUGCCCAGACUAGGACCAUGUAAAAGCUAGAUACAAGAUAGUCAGCUGAGGGAAACUGGUUCUUCCAGCAGCAAAUAUGAAUAAUGACAGUAGUAAAUGUACAUUAUGUUGAAGUAUCAUAAGAUACUCUAGUGGCUUCAGCCUGUGGGACAACACUGUAGGUGUCUGUAAACUGAGUAACAUUGCUACUUCUCAGCUGAACUUUAUGUCGGUUGACUCAAGGAAAGCAGAAAGACAUUAAGUAUGGAAGGAUCAGCAUUUGGACAAAACCACUAACCAAUUUAAAUAUAAAUGCAACAUGCUUUAUUUAUUACAUCCAUUCAAGUUAUCUGACCCAGACUCCCAGUCCUUAUGAGUGCUGAUGUGAGGGACUUGACUUGUGUACAGUAAAAUGUUGCUAAUAAAAAAAUAGUCAAUGAUUUGUCUUAAAGUACAUAUUACAUGUUCUGGAACUUAUAUAAUAAGGCCAUACUUGUGAGGGACCAGCAAAUGCAUGUAAAAGGGACUUCCACUGCUUUGACCACUUGGGGAAGGAAAGGAAGCAUGCCUGGGGUUUCAUUAUUCGUAAAGGCCUGUCCACACGAUCGGACCUAAUCGGCGGACUUCCCCUCUAACGGGCACACUUGACAGGCAAACCGUCAAAUUGCCUGAUGGGUCUUGUAGCAAAAUCACCAUGGUGGUGCCCAAUGGCUUGAGCUUCGACCCUGCCAGACAUACUUUAACCAUAUACAUUUCUUUUACUGAGCCAUUCUUUGCACCAUAUUCUCUUCUUUUUCUUCUUUUUCAUCACACACAAAGCAAUUAUCAUGCUACACAAUAUCUUUUUUUGCGGUAGGCACCAUAUUUAUCGUACCGCACUGAAUACACUACUGGCAUCGUCGGGCACGCCCACCUCUCCAUCGCCUCACUUGUGUGGACAACAUUCACGUGUAAGCCCGCCAGAAUUUGCCCGUCAACCCUGGAGCACGCCGAUCAUGCCCGCUCGUGUGGACAGGCCUUAAGAGUUUCCACCAUCAAGUUUUAACUUCUGACACAAUAUUCAGCCUUUAUGAAUGCCAGUUGUAACUUAUUUGACAUGAGUAAGAGAUGCAUAAUUUUAUGCCACUUUACAGACCAGAUUUACUAAAUGGUGAGCCCUCUUCUGCUCCUAGUACUUGUGAUUAUGCUAUGGUAUACAGGAACUUUUUUCAUGCAGGAAACUUUUCUAGUGAUCAAUUUAGGAAGUGCAAGGCAGUAACAUGUAAAAUUAGAUUCCAUGCCUUAUUCACAGUCAGAAGUAGCACUCAACUGGUUUCGUGGAUUGAUGGCUUUUUGUAUUGUGGAAAAUAAAAGAUUUGCUUCAUCCACGUCCAAUUGAAGAAACUUAAGUUCAUUGUCAGCCAGCCAGAUGACUGGGUAAGCUACACUCAUGGUUUGUGAUGGGAAAUGCCUUGACACUGAGUUUUGGAUCACUAAGAGUUCCAUUGUAUGUGUCUUGGACAAGGAUGACGUAAUGAUAAAAUUUUGGGCGCAAAUGGACAAGGGCAAAUUCUAAGUCUGGCACUGGAUAUGCUAGGGUCAUUAUGGUUGUACCCACAGCUGUGAUUAUCAUUGGUGUUUGACCUGUGAUAAAAGAUGGUUUGACUCACAGGUCCCAUAGUUUAGAAAACUAGUUAUCAUGAUCAUGUGACCACUGAUGUGAACAUAUGAAAUAGAUUUGUUUUUUUUUCCAUAGAGGUCCUAUAAGCUCAUGUCAAGUUUGAUUGUUAUGAUGAGACAGAUUCUCAUUUCUAUAUCCUUUAGUUAAUUUUUUGGUACAAACUUCCAAUGUAAGUCAGACUAUCUUUAAUUCUACUAAAGCUGAUUGUACUGGUUAGUGGCCUAGCCACAUCUUAUGCCUUAUUUUUUUUCUUUUUGUUACAAAAAGAUGUAUGUCCUUCGUCUUCCCAUUAAUAGUUCACCUUUCCAAUCUGAUGAUUUUUUCAAAAUUUCUUGUGUUAUCUUAGAGGGGAAGUAAGUUUUUCACUCGAGUAAGAGUACCAUUUUGGCAGUUUAAUUGACUCUUCCAGUAUUGUCAUAAUCAGAGAUAUAUUUUCCUGUUAUUAGCACGUCAUCUUUAAAUACCAUUUUGAAAGUAUGUAAAAGGCAUCCUUAUUGAAAUACCUUUAAACCAUUUUGAAAGUAUGUAAAAGACAUUCUUAUUGAAAUAUUUUUCCUGUGCUUUCUUUUAAAACCUCUUACCCUUGAAGAUUUAAGGUUUCUGUUUUAUAUUUACAAGAUUUUGCUCAUCCCUUGCAAAUUUUCUGUUAAAAGCAAUAUAAUAAUAAUAUUUAAUAUUGUAUAUGUAAAAAAUUGAGUAGCUGAAGUAUUGUACAGUAGCACUGGCAUUAUACCUUCUGCAAUGACAUCCCAAACUUUUGGAGUAUGGUUCAUUGAACAAAAACAGUGUGGCAUUUGACUUCCAUCAUCAUGUAUCCCAUUUUAACAUUUUUAAGAGUUUUGAGGAAAUUUUAGUUACUGCAAUGAUUUAUUCUGUAUAUUGAAAGAUAUUAUAUCCAGUAAUUUUCAUAAAAAAUUAAAAUGCAUUGCUUUGUGCUGGAAAUCUGGAAAGACAACUUAAUUGCAUAUGUAGCCAUGAAACAAAUUUUUAAGUUUAUUUAAUCAUUGUUCAUUACUAAAAUUAUUUUUUGACUGUUUGUAUUUAAGGAUAUUUUCAUAUCACUGAAACAAUUAACACAUUACACUGACUUUAUGCCAUAAUAAUGUUUGUGGUAUUGCAUAUUUUAGGACAGUUUGCUCUCUUCAUUGAAACAAUUACGUAAUUGGAUGACUGCACUGCAUACAUGGCCACAGUAUUUGUAGAGACUUUUAAUCAUUUAUGCAUUUUUUUGUAAUUUCUGCAUAAAUUUGUAAAUUAGGAUACACAUUCAUGAAAAAUAAAUUGGUAAAAAAGGAAGCCGACUUCACAGCAUUUGAAUGAAUGCUUUCUCUGUGUUCUGAGGAUGUUGAAACCUUUGAGAUAAAGACAUUUUACGAUCUUAGGGGACCAUGAAUUCAUUCACAUUCCUGUUGUUGUCCUGAGUCAAUUACUAGAGGAUUUGAGGCUGAAAGCUAGGCAGUUCUUGGUUACUUUUUGACCAGAAAGCUAUCUGUCAUAUGUAAAAUGAUUGUUUAGACUUUGUAUAAAUACUAUAGUAUUAAAAUUGAAAGAAAAAUCUUUUGUAAACUAUAAAGUAUAUGAGCAGUGCCCUUCCUUUGCAUAAACUUUUCAUAAAGCUGCCUUGCUUGGAAGGUGCAAGAGAAAGUGAAACAAGGGUAAAUAAGAAUUGUAGUUCUGUAAUCGCUACCAAAAAGGCAGUUUAAACUUGUGUUUUCACUGCAUAAUUAUUUAUUAGUAGGCUAACCAUUGAAGGUUGCGUAACAUCAGUCGCUCCAGUCUUUACUGAGGAUUAUGAAACCACCAUUAACAUUUAUAUAAGGUGAAAACACUGCCAAAUGAGAUGUAUAUAUUCUUUUUAUCUUCAUGUGUAUUAUGUGCUGUAAAUUUUGCUUAACAUCCAUUUUUUACUCGGAUAAAUGGUGGUAACCAGCAUAAACCUCUCAAGUCAUUUUAUUCCAAACUGGCUAUCAUGAGAAAGUAAGUUCAGACACAAAGUGAGGGACCAUUGUAAGUCAGGGUAUGCGUGGCAUAUUAGUUGAUGGUAUACAACAAAGCAGAGCUUGUACAUUGAGAACUAAUUUCUGAGAAUGACAAAAAUUAUGUUGGGUGAUGAUAUCUCUUAAAGCAAGAGCAUGAAACUUGAGGAUCUUAAGACUAUCUAACUGCAAGCAAGGAAUAUGGUAAACUGACUGUGUUAAGAUUAGGCUUAGUAUCAACUGCAAAGGCAGCUGAGUGAGUGGGAUAGGGUAACCUGAUUAGGUUAGAGCAAUACAUUUUGGGCUAAGUCAAACACUUUGUAAUAGUAACAAAUCUCUGUUUGUUUCUUCAUUUAUGAUUUGUUUUGCCCACAUACUUGAUUACACUUUAAUAUUAGGUGAUAUGGUUCAUUUUGUUAUAAUCCAGUUGUAUGUUGUUAGAAUUCUCAUUAAAUUAUUUGCACAA